GUCAUUGUCAUUCAUUUUAUGAUAGAGAUUUUCACAAUCAAGCAACCGCCGAUUUCGUGCAUUUAAUCCUUUAUAUAUUGUUACUUAGCUUAUUUUAUCGUAUGUAACAAUACGUCUGUAUAUUCUAAUGUGUAAGGCGCCAUGGCAAUGUUCAACGAGUUGACGUUCUCAGCGACGAGUCAACCGAAGCCCGCUUUGGCGAAGUUACGGAACAUCCUGAAUACUCCGCGCUUCUGCACAAUUUGCUACGAGUCUGCGGUGCAGCUCCACGAUCUAGACAACUGUCCUCUCGUUGAAGAGAGCGAAUAUACCUGCACCCUAACCCUCCGGCAAAUACUGCACGAAUUGUUUCAUGACGCGGGUUCCCGAAUCAUUCUCAGCAAGUAUGUCUGCGACCACUGCCAGGCUAAGCUUGUUUACUCCUACCAAUUCAUACGCUCCACGCAAACCAGAGCCGAAAACUUCCACUACUACCUCACUCAGCUCGACUCUGAAACUGUAGACCUGCUCAACUGUAUGGCAGACAACCCGGCGUGCGCUAACGCUGUCAUAGUCUUGGAAGAAACAGUCUCCAAUGGAAACAGAUUUGAACAGCUUGAGAAAUUCAAGUGGCACAAUAACCAACCUGUCAAAGAAAAAGUCCAUGUCAUUGAGCGUCCUUCAAGGCUUUUAAUAACAAGAAACUAUGUGUGUGGAUACUGUGACAAGGAAUUCUGCGAUAAAAAGUUCCUAUUAGCACAUUUAAAUACAUGCGGCUUGUGCAAAACUAAAACAGGUCUUAAUGUAGAAAGUACACCGUCUAAUAAAAUCUCAUGCCCAAAAUGCAAGAAAAGAUCAUGUGAGCAUGAUAAGUUUAUUAAACACUUUUUAGACCAAAAAAAGGAUAAUGUUCUAAAGGUAAAAUGUUUAGAAUGCCCUUAUACCGCAACUAUGCUGCAAACGCUGAUAUCCCAUGUUGAUAAAAAACAUAUGGAUGAGUUAGCUGAUAACUGUGAAUUGUGUGGCAAAUUAUUUUACUUGAGAGAACAGUAUUUUAGUCAUUUUGACACAUUCCACCCGGACUACAAAAUCUGCUUUUACUGUAGCUGUGUUAUUCCGAGUGAGAGCUUGUAUGAGCAUGAAGCGGAAUGCAUAGUCGCGGAAAAAACGUACAGUUGUGACAAAUGCCCUUCUAAAUUUGAAAACGAUAUGCAAGCUUCCAUACAUGCUAUGGCACAUGAAGAUGUACCGAAGAAACCCAAAAGAAUCAUUCUGAAGCGGUCCUACUCCUGUCCGCUUUGCAAAGAAACAUUUACCGGUAAACUGAAAUUACAGAAACAUUGCAAUGAUGCACAUGGAGUGGAAUCGUACAGAAAUAACCAUUGUCAAUUCUGCGAUAUUAAAUUUAUAACGAAAAAGGAGUACUUGUUGCAUAUGCGUGAGAUGCAGCAUUUUGCUGAAAUUAAUCCAAAUCACAGUUACCGCCACAAAUGUCAGUAUUGUGACUAUAGAGCAAGACAUGGUUUCGUUUUGAAGACCCAUAUGAACCGUUAUCAUUUAAAAGUGAUGCCGUUCGAGUGUGACAUUUGUAAGCAAAGAUUCUUAGAUAAAAGAAAGCUCAAGGCUCAUAUAGACAGACAUAUGGGCAAGGGUAAGACGGUGUGUUCUAUAUGUGGAGAUACGCUUGGGAGCACAACUGCGCUUAUUAAACAUACAAGAUUACAUACUGGGGAGCGACCAUAUCCAUGCCAUCUGUGUGAUGUUAGCCUAAAUUCUGCCAGCGAACGUAAAUUCCAUGUCCUACGGAAACACACAGAGAAGACCCACCCAUGUCCGAUCUGUGAAACCAAGUUUCAUACACCAUACUUUGUUAGAAGGCAUAUUCAGCAAGUACAUUGGAAGAGGAAAGAAAAGUUUGAUCACACGAAGGUAGAGGGACUGAAGCCCGAACAUUAUGAAUUGUUCAGAGAUAGGAGAAUGGUUGUUUUAUAAUAAAGAU